AUGAAAAAUGUGCUCGUCAUCGAAGAUGAACCGCCGGCGCGGGACCUUCUCGAACGCCAACUCGCUCGACUGGCUCCCGAACUCACCAUCGUGGCUUCGCUCGCCAGUUGCGCCGAAGCGCAGGCGUUCCUCGCGGCAAAGCCCAACAUCGAUCUGAUCAUCUGCGACAUUCAACUCACGGAUGGUUCCGCACUCGAGCUGUUCACGUCACAACCUGCGCCGGCGCCGAUCGUGUUCUGCACCGCCUUCGAUCGGUAUGUCCUCGAAGCGCUCGACGUCGGUGGCGUCGACUACCUCCUCAAACCGGUCUCCGAUACGCGGCUCACAAAGGCACUCGACAAACUUCGAGGCAUCGAAAAGCAGUUCAGCCAGCGCUCGACGCAAGAGGCCAUCGAGACCGCGCUCAAGACCAUCGCGACGAAACACGCGACGCGGCCGGUGCGAUUCAUGGUGAAACGGGGCGCGGACUUCGUAUCGGUUCGAAGCGAGGACGUCGCCUACUUCAGCUCGGAGCACAAGCUGACGUUGCUCACGCAGACAGACGGCACGACGAGUUACCUCGACGACUCGUUGAGUUGA